AUGACUUCGCUUCUUGUCAUUAUUGAUAAUCAGUAUUGCCUUUCACAUACUAUUGAUACUAAUACUGGUACAAUUACUGUUACUAAUAUCAAUAUACCGUCUGCCAUUAUCAAUGAUGAACAGAAAGCAGGUACAUCACAUGAUUAUAACGGGCUUUCUGCGUACAAUCGUUUGAGACAUUCGGAACGACAACGACGUCGAUACAAGCAAAUGUUGCAGCAAAAACAAAAGCAACCGCUACAAAUAUACCGUUCCGAUGGUAGCAAUAUUGACAAUAAAUUCUUCGAUAAUCUACGAAGACCGCUGAGUGCCAACAAUAACAACAACAAUAACAGUAAUAAUAAUGGUGUAAUAAGGAAUAAAUUGAAAGCUCACCAUAGA